CGGUAGACGUGUUUCUUGGGCGCCGUUUGGAGAGGUGGAGUUACGUAGCCAUUGGAUCAUGGCUCGUCCACCGUCGGCUGCGUCGCGCGCCAGCGCGGGUGCCAUGGUGGCGCCAGACCCGUACUUGCGGCAGUGCGUGGACCACAUCUUAGAGGGCACGACGCACCUCGUCGUCGUGGACGACGUGGCCUGCCGCUUGCACGGCUUGGGCAGAGCAGCCUUCCAGGAGCUGAUGUCAGAGGCUCUGCGGCCCCAGCUGGACGCCUUGCGCAAGGCAGCGUCGGCCGGCGGCGCGGGGGCCUUGUCGGAGAGGUGGACGUGCCUUCACGCGGGCGCGAGCGCCCUCGGUGACAUCACCGCCGGCAUGCCUUGGGGAGGCUCGUCCCUGGAGUGCGCCGCCCUGGGGGCCGCCUCGAGGGCCCUCCUGGCGGGGCCCGCGGCCGCGCCGGCCCUGGAGGCGCUGCAGGAGGCCCAGGUCGCCGCCGUGGCACAGUUCCGAGCGGACCCCGACUCGCUGGGCGCGCGGGGCCUCCGGGCUCUCCGGGGCACCGCGGCGCUGCUGGCGCAGCCGUCGGCGGAGGGCGCCCGCCAGCGGUACACGGGGGCGCUGCUGGCGGCGAGCCAGGAGGCCUUCCAGCGCCAGGCCGCGACGGCUCUGCAGGCCGUGGUGCGCGGGGGGCCUCCGGAGGGCUGGGCUGCGCGCUGCGCCCACUGCGUCCAGGCGGAGCAGUUCCUCGACCGGGUCCACUGUGGCAGGCCGUCGGGCGAGAGCCGCCUCGGCUGCCAGCUGGCAUCGCGCUGUGCCGCGGCGUGGCUGACGCAGAGCAUGGCUGUGCUGCCCUGGAUUCUCGCGUGGCUGCUCGCACCCGCUGCCCUGGGCGCGCUCGGCGGCAGCGGUCUGCCGGGCGAUGGUUGCCAGGCACAGGCCUAUUUUGCAUCGCUUCGUGCGGCGCUGGACGCCUCUGCGGACCCCCAGACUCUGCACCACCUGCGCAGUGCGUUGGUGUCCGCCGUGGCACUGCUGCUGCAGAUCGCGCGUGUCAAGCCCGAGAUCGGGGCCGCAGCGCUGGUCAGGUGGGCCGCCGCGCUCCUCUCUGCGACGCACGCCGUGUGCGAGGCGCUGCUGCCAGAUGUCGGCCCAGCGGUCAUGGCUGCCGCGCUGGCGCCGAAGUUCGCGGCCGCGUUCGGCGGCAACGGCGCGGCUGCAGAAGAGCUGAGACCGCCCCCGCUGCCCCCCUGGCUCGGCGUCGACAUGAGCGACGGGGUCUGGGACGCCGGCACCGCCGACAUGCGGUCCCUCGACGUGGCGCGACUGGCCCCCAGGCUGCGCGCCGCGCUGGCAGCUCGGGCGCCGCCCUGGUGCGCUGGCAUGGCGAUGCUGGAAGCCUGGCCGUCCGAGCGCGCCGCAGAGGCCCUCGCGUUCGCUGUGCACCAGGAGGCACGGGCCGCCGCUGGCGGUGCGGCUGGUGGGGCCAGCAGGCACGCGGCAGAGGGGCGGCUGGCGCCGCUCGUGCUGCUGCUGCGGUUGACGCUGGCGCCCAGCACGGACAGCACCACCGCACUGCACGCGCACGCGCGGCUCGCGGCACAGCGAGCGCUGGGAGCUGCGGAGCUGCAGGCCGACGUGGAGGAGUACCUGGUGUCGUUCCUCAGGAAGGAGUGCGGCGCGGCAAACCUCGCCCUGCACCACCUCGGCGAGCUGCGGCGGGACGCCGCGGGACGCGGGGAGCUGACGGCCGAGGGCUGCCCCUGGAGGGCGGUCGUCUGCAGCGCCGCCGCAGCCAAGGGCGCCGGGCUGGCGACGGGCAGCCCCGCUGACGCGCCAGAGCUGAGCGCGCAGGUGCCGUCCCUGUUCCAGGCAUCGCGCCCGCUGCUGGAGGCGCGGGAGCGGUGGUCCAGCAGCUACCACGGGCGCUUCCCGCACCGGAAGCUGAGGUGGCAGCCGGCGCUGGGCUCCUGCCUCCUCGUCUGGCGCCACGCCCGAGGGCGCACGGAGGUCGCCGCCUCGGAGCUGCAGGCGCACCUCCUGCUGGCGCUGGGCGGCGGGCGCGCGGUGCCCGAGCACGAGCUGCUCCAGGCCGCCGCGGCCUGGGAGGGCGCUGACGGCGAGGCUGGGGCCGCUGCGUGGCGGCAGGCGCUGGAGUCGCUCUGCAGCCCCACGGCGGCGUCGUCGAGUCGAGGGGCAGCGGCGCCGAGGCGAUCGUCGCCCUGCGGGCGUGCCCCGCGGACGCCUCGGGGCCACUGGACCUGGAGGCCCUCCUGCUGCUGGGCUCCUGGGCUCCCGCCGCGGGGGCAGGCGCGCCAGAGGAGGCUGCGGCGGCGAGUGGCGCGGCCGCGCGUGCUCCCAUGGUGGAUGCAGCCAUCAUGCGCCUGCUGAAGCGCUGGCACGUGCUGGCGGGCGAAGAGCUCGUCGGCAAGCUGGCCGCGUACCCCGACAGCCUCGAGCUGCCGGCCCGCGCUGGCGGCGCCAGCGCCUUCGCCGCGGCGCGCGCGGGCGCGGCCAGCGGUGGGCGCGAGGCGCUGGAGCGGGCACAGGCGUUGGCAGACCGCGGCCUGGUGUCCGUCUGCGGCACGGGAAGUUCUGCGAAGUUCACAUACGUGGAGUGAAGGGCGGCAUGGCCAGCAGUGUGUGGCACGGCGACCUUCUGCGGCCGGAAAUUGGCAGGCGCUCAGGCAAGGGGGGGAAA